AUGGAUAACGAUGAGGUCGAUGAUGAAUUUGGAAUCUCGGAGGCCAGACAGCUUGUAAAAACGAUGAACAGGAAGAACAGAAAAUCAGGUGGUUUCCAGGCGAUGGGUCUUAGUGCAGCAACCUUUAACGGAAUAAUAAAAAAGGGUUAUAAACUACCGACUCCCAUACAAAGAAAAGCCAUUCCAGUGAUUUUAUCUGGUCGUGAUAUUGUUGCUAUGGCGCGUACCGGGAGUGGAAAAACAGCAGCAUUCUUGAUACCGCUAUUCGAAAAACUCCCAUGUCACUCACCUGCAGGUCCACGAGCUUUAAUUAUGAGUCCAACUAGAGAACUGGCUAUUCAAACUUUGAAUUUCACAAAAGAACUUGGUAGAUUUACACCUCUUAAAGCCACAAUAAUUCUUGGAGGUGACAGGAUGGAAGAGCAGUUUGCAGCACUGCACAAGUCGCCUGAUAUCAUUAUUGCAACACCUGGGCGAUUUUUACACGUUUUAAUGGAGAUGAACUUAUCUCUUAAGUCUAUUGAAUAUGUUGUGUUCGAUGAGGGCGAUCGACUUUUCGAACUUGGGUUUGCAGAACAGCUUUCGGAAACUUUGAAACGUCUGCCGCGUAGUCGUCAAACCUUAAUCUUUUCGGCAACAUUACCUAAAAACUUGGUUGAAUUUGCACGUGCUGGACUAGUGGAUCCUAUUCUGAUUCGACUAGAUUUAAAUUACAAACUGAGUCAAGACUUAAAGUUAGCACACAUAACUUGCCUUCCGGAGGAGAAGAACGUAAUUCUUGUACACUUAUUGGGAAAGGUGAUACACAAAGAUGAACAAGCUGUAGUGUUCUUCGCCACCAAGCAUCAUGUUGAAUUCUUCCAAAUGCUAUUAACUGACCUUGGCUUCAGCUGUACAUGCAUUCAUUCAGGACUUGACCCAAGCGCACGGAAUCUUUCUCUAAAGAAAUUUCGCUCUCGAACUGCUCGUGUCCUACUUGUGACAGAUGUAGCUGCAAGGGGUGUCGAUAUUCCUCUUCUUGAUAAUGUAAUUAAUUUCCAUUUUCCUGCCCAACCGAAACUCUUCCUGCAUAGAGUAGGUCGUGUUGCUCGUGCUGGUCGACAUGGAGUUGCUUACUCUUUAGUCGAUCCAGAAGAGUUACCUUAUCUCUUAGAUGUAUUCAUGUUUUUGGGUAAAGAGUGGAAAGUAUGUCAACCAUCAAACAACCAAAUUGAAUGGGAAAGUGACUGUGUUGGCAGAGCACCAAGAAGCAUUAUGAGCAAUCUGACUACUCGUAUUGAAAGCAUUUCGUCUGGAAAUUCUUCUCUCGAAUCGAUGAAAAAGGUUUGUAACAAUGCGAUGAAACGAUUCCUUCAAACUCGUCCAAAUGCAUCUUGGGAAUCUAUUCGACGUGCAAAAGAUCUAAGAGAUGCACACUUUUUAUUACCUGUUCACCAGCUUUUUGAUAAUUCAACAGAGAAAGAAGAUGGAACAAGUAAUGAAAUAUUAGGUGUUAUACGACACCUCAAAUUGCCUACUAUAUUUGAAGCUUUGGGUAAACAUGUAAACCCUGAAGCUUUUGCUACAAUGACGAGGAAGCGAAAAUUACACGAUCAUAUCAUAGCACGUCGUGCUGCUCAGAGAUCUUCAGACCAAACCGUCAAUGUAUUAAAAAAUUUAGUAGAAAGAAAAGUCUCAUUAACUGAUCAACUAGGUUCAUGUAAUGCUAAUGAUGAAAUGUCAGAAAAUUUAGAAAAUAUUGACUUCUUUAUCCCAUAUUCACGUGGUGAUGAAGCAACAGAGAAUGGAUUAUCAAUUACUGGAACAAAAAGUCAAUUUUGUUUAGAUGCAGCAGCUGCUUCAUUAGAUUUACCAAAUGAUGAAUCACAUCAUGUCAAUGGGGUUUCAGGAUCACGUAAUCGAAAGCUUGUUUGGGAUCGUAAACGCAAACGAUUUACCUCAGAGGAUGCUGCUCAAGGUAAAGCAAAUAUGAAACGCAUUAAAACUGAAAGCGGUGUAUGGAUUCCCGCAUCAUACAAAACUGACAAAUAUAAACUAUGGCUUAAAAAAUCCAAAUCGGAUAUUAUACAGGAAACAAGCAAAUCAACUGAAGAAUCAUCCACUAUUAUUGAUACUUUAAAUAAACAUAAAAAUAUUUCAAAAUAUGGUGAUGUGAUUGAAUUGCCGGAUACCGAUGAAAUGGGCGGUAAAUCGAAUCAUUUUCGUAAAUCAUCAACAGGAAAGAAGAAUAAAAAACAACAAUUAACACCCAAAUUUACAAUAAUUGGAUCACAGAAAUGGCAGGACCGAGCAACUGCUCGUCAGAAAGAACGUUUACAAAAUGCAGUUGAAAAGCAAAAAAUACGUCAACCAAAAGGAUCUCGAACAUUUGGUCAACUCAGACGACCUGAGCAAAUACUGAAGCAGCGUAAAUUGCGCGAAAAACAGAAACAACGUGCUCAGAAAAAUAAGAAUAAUAACCAGUCACACAAAAAACGCAAACAUUAA